UCGAUUAGUCGUCCUGGGAUGCUAGGGAAAUGAAAGCUAACACGUGGAAAUAGUGAUUUGCCAUAUUUUGCCUUUACUUCAGGGUUGUUUAGUGCCUUAUUGAAACGUGCCUUGCCAGUGCUAUUCCGUAUUUUUCUCUGAGGGUGACAGCUAUCUCUCAUCUGAGGGACGAGUUGGUUUAACCGGCUUCAUUAUGGCGGACAACGUAGACGAUGAUUCUCUGUACAGAAUUAAAGAGGGGGACUACGUUGUGAUGAAACGAGGAGAUAUCUUCAAAGCUGUGCAAAUUCAAACGAAGAAGAAGGUGAUUUUUGAGAAGCAGUGGUUCUUCUUGGAUAAUGCUGUGGGACAGUUGUACAGCACUACAUUUGAGCUGGCAUCUGGAGGGAUCCUGCAGCCACGGAAGCCCAAGGACACAGAGAGCUCCACCGAUACAAAGGGAGCAGGCACUGACAACAGGAACAUAGUGGACGAUGGAAAAUCCCAGAAGCUCACCAGGGAUGACAUUGAGACGCUCAAAGAGCAAGGUCUGAAGGGUCAGGAAAUCAUUCAACAGCUCGUAGACAACAGCUCCACAUUCAAAGAUAAGACUGAAUAUUCCCAGGAAAAGUACAUCAAGAAGAAAAAGAAGAAGUAUGAAAAUGUUGUGACGAUUCUCAAACCUUCCUGUCGCAUCCUGGCUUUGAUGUACCACGGCCGGGAACCAGGGAAGAUCUGCCACCUGCGCUAUGACACACUGGCCCAGAUGUUGACUCUGGCAAACAUCCACGCCAGCAGUAAAGUGCUGGUGUUUGAAACUUGUGCUGGCCUUGUGCUAGGAUCCGUCAUGGAAAGAAUGGGAGGCUAUGGCUCGGUGAUCCAAAUGUUCCCAGGAGGUGGGCCCGUUCGUGCGGGUGUGGAAAGCUUUGGCUUCCCUGCACAUUUUCACGAUAUGCUGCAUGAGUUUCCCAUCUGCCAUCUCAAUGCCCUGCUGGCAGGAACUCUGGACACCGCUGCCAAAGAUUCCAGUGCCGAUUUAAAGGAAUCCGACUUGGCUGCAGAGGAGAAGCCUGAGGCAGAAGGGCAGGGCGGUCCAGAGGAACAGAGCAUGGAGACAAACAUAGGUGAUGGAAGCCAUGACCCCAAGAAAGAAGAGGAGGAGAAACGCAGAGAAGCCAAAGCUCAGGAAAAAAAGGUAAAGCAGGAGGAGAAGCGGAAGAAGCUGGCUGCCGCUGCUUCCCUGCUGGAAGGCAGGAACGCCGACGGGUUGGUUAUAGCGAGCCGCUUUGACCCGUGUCCGGUCCUCAUGGCCCUGCUCAAAUUCCUCUCCCCCUCCAGGCCUUUCGUGGUCUACUCCCAAUACAAAGAGUGUCUGGUCGAGUGCUAUACAAAACUCAGGGAACAAGGCGGUACGGUCAACCUGAAGCUCACAGACUCCUGGCUCAGACAUUAUCAGGUGUUGCCUAACAGGACACAUCCCGUGCUGCUGAUGAGCGGGGGUGGGGGUUACCUCCUCUCAGGAACAACAGUCGCCGUGGAGCUCUCCAAACCUGCUGGCUCGCGAAAAGAUGAGGAACCAGCACCAAAGAGACAGAAAGUGACAGAGACCGAAGGAUAAACAAACAAAGGGCAACUUAACAACAGCCUGUAGGACCCCCCCCCCCCCCCCCCCCCCCACCAGCAUUGACUUCUCUUUCUGCUGAACUGAUUUGACACGUGUGGAAUAAGGAAGACGGCGUGUCUGGUCUGCAUUCAUCAGAGCACUUUCUCCAGUCUUGUGUCUUCAGAUCAGUGCAGAGGGAGGCGUAAUGCUGAACAGUGAACUAUGAGCCCGUUAAGCGCAGUACGAGGUCAGAGGAUGUGUUAUGUAAGGAACUGCUGAAAUCAUCUUUAUGUCAUCAUUUCAAUCAUUUUUUAAAAAAGCUUUCCAGUUCUAGGUUAUAACUUUCUUAUUUUGUUAUCUUGCUGAAAGUGCCAUUUGUCAUAUGAUGCAGCUUCACUGUGGGAUACCUCUUUAUUUGCUCUGAAUAAAAAAAACACUAGUAAUGA